AACGGGUAUAAUUAAGUCAAUAUGAGAGCAAAACGAAGAAAAAAAUGUCAUAGUUUCGAUUCGAUGUGUAGAAAUUCCAAACCCAAUUGCCCUAUUUUUCGACCAGAGUUUUGAGUGCAUGUGCUGGCAGAGAAGUCGAUCGAAGGGGUCGAUCGAUAUCGAAAUCGAGGAUGGGCCACCGCAACAUUUGCUGUGACGGCUGUCAGAGGCGCGACUUCCGGGGUCGCCGUUUCCGCUGUUUGCGCUGCGUGAACUUUGACCUCUGCGGCGAUUGCUACGACCAGCGGCUGGAGACGCAGGACCAUCGCUUCGAUCAUCCCAUGCAGCUAAUCCUGGAUCCUUCGGAAGAUCUUUCGUCCUUUCUGCUCAAUGGCCAAGUGCCGGAAAUUGUUCACCUCUCGAAUUGCUUCACCUGUCCGUAUUGCAGACAAUCUGGGCAGACGGCCAAGCGGCUGAUUGAACACGUGUGUGCCGAGCAUCGCCUUUCGGAGGACUAUGUGGUCUGUCCCCUGUGUGCCGGACUGCCAGGCGUUGAGCUGGUGGCCAUUUGCAAUCUAUCGCGGCACCUCCUGCUCAACCACAUCGAUCAUGCCAACUUCCUGGAGCCCGACUCGCCGCCACUGCGAAGGAUCUUUGCCCGAAGUCGCAUUCGCCGAAGACGACAAGUGCAAACUCAAUCAAGGGGCUUCGAUUUAAUCCUACAGCUGUCGACGGUGGAGAACCAGCUGCCACCCAGCAUCAUCGUAGAUCCUCCAGAGGAGAAGCAGCCUGCUAGUUUGGUCAUUGCGGAACCCAAAGUCAAAAAGCCAGCCGAGCAAUAUCUUCUCAUGCAGUUUAUGGAGCAGCAGGAAAUCCUUUGCCAACAGGAAACGGAAAUGACGGGCAGUCAAAGGCGGAGACAUGCCCUCUUCGCUGAGCAUCUGAUAAUUUCCCUUUUAUGCAGCGAAGAACUGCAGCUGCCGGAGGAGAAAAAGCCAGUUGGGCUGUCCAAGGUCAUGUCGGUAAUGUCCUUGCCGUGGACGAGGGCGUGGCAGGCCACACAGCUGGGCGGAUUAGAGGGGGAGGGACCGAGGAUUGAGAUUCCCCCGGAUGAUGGGAAAAAUAUGGAAAAAGUGCCGGCAGAGGAGGCCAUUGAUUAGUGGCGAAUGUUGUUUUUAUUUCCAAUCAUAAUGAUCUCGAUUUGUGGUUGUGUUAACACUUAAAAAACAUUUCAAUGCUAAAGAACUUUCAAAAUUUUUGUGAUCUCUUUGGGUUAUAUUUGUACCAAACUAAAAUGUGUUUUCUUUUUAACAAAAAACGAUAAGAAAAGUCAAGCUUAA